CGGGUUUAUAGUGGAAAGAGAGCUGCAGCUACCUUGUCAUGACUGCCGUGGACCGGAGUGUCUUGUGCUUGUCUUCCCUCCUUGGCUCGCUCGCUCGCUCUGUCUGCCUUGUCGCUUGUCCACUUUCAGCCCUCCCUUCAACAUCCUGCUUUUUCUCUCUGCUCCUUUCAUGUGUGGCAUCCUUCUUGAUUGUCGUCUGUCCAUCCUUCAUCGGUUCUCUUUUGGUAUAUUGUUCCACCACGGCCCACUUAUGUCUCUCCCUUAACCCUGGCUUGACGUUCUAUCCGAAAACCUCGUUUCUUCUUGUCCCCUGAUAUUACAUUCCUCUCUCUUUCUUCACUGCCUAUACAUACAUUUUCCUUCCUGCCCAUGACAUAUGCCUUCACACAUUGCCCUCCCUGGCGCUGCGCGUCCUCGCCCUAGAUUUCGUGUCAAUGGUUCAAAUUGGAGAUGGGUCAAGAAGGGUUCGACUUUGCUAUUCGCCUUGUUUGCUUUCACAUUUACAAUCUACUACUUAAUCCAUAAUGAUAGUAUCUGGAGGCCAACGGGUCUCAUAUUACAAGACACCUUGGUCACCCCCGCCAACAUCUCCUCGGGGGAAAGAAAAUUCGUUAUCGUUUUACCCGUCGACGAUUCGAGUCCUGAUCUCUGCAAGGUUGUCAGCAGCGCCGUGGCCUUGGGGUAUCCCGCGCCUGUAAUUGUCAAUUGGAAGAAGGAUUUCCACACCGAGGCCGACGGUAUUGGACCUUCGCAGCUCGGAAAAAUCACUGGUACACUGAAUUACCUACAAUGGGCGACAGGGGAUGAAGUUUCGGAGGAGGAGAAGCUGGGCGAGGAUGAUCUCGUGCUCAUGCUGGACGCACACGAUAUUUGGCUACAACUACCUCCGAGCGUCAUGAUGCACCGAUACUACAGCAGCAACGAGCGAGCGAACCGACGAAUUGCAGAGGAAUAUGGCUUCUUUGACAAGGAAUUGAUGCAGCAGACCAUCAUUGCCGCUGCGCAGAAAGGCUGCAUCGCCCCACGCGACAAGAUUUCGAACCUCUACUGCAACGACGUCCCCGACAGCACCCUCCCCGAGAACGUGUUCGGCUUCUUCACCGACUAUACUGUAUCGCGAUACAAAUACAUGCGCCCCAAAUAUGUCAACAGCGGCAGUUUCAUGGGUCCCGCAGGCGACAUGCGACGAUACUUCCAACGUGUCAAAGAUCGCAUGGACCAAGAUCUCCUUGAGGUCAGGUCUGCCGAGGACCUCGCUGGCGACCAGGGUAUUUUUGCCGAGAUUUUUGGCGAGCAGGAACUUUGGCGCCGACAGAUCAAGCAGGACGACUUUGCUGGCGACAACCCCGGGAAAGAGGCUGCGCUUUCUGCUCGAACCGAAUUUGAGUAUCACGUCGGCUUGGAUUACACACAAGAACUGUUCUAUCCAACUUGCUACUCUGACUACGGCGGUGCUUUCGUGUCACUUGACGACCCCUCUACGAUUGCCAAGGAGUCGAGCCAAGCUGGCGUUUCCCCCCCUCGCGUAGGUGGUGUGCCAAGCGACAUUUCCAAGGCCGAGGCUCCAUUUUCUCAAUUGGAUGAUCAUGAUGGUAGUUGGGGUGACGUUUCGCUGUAUGUGGACUUUUGGACGACCUCUGUUCCCGUCGCGAUACACCAUAACGCCUGGAGAGAUGGAUUAAAGGCCCGCCGAUCGACAUGGUGGGAUAAGACGUGGUACUUUCCCCAACUGCGCAACCUAGUCGAGGCGCACAUGACAGCAAACACAACAACACCAUUAGCGAGCAUUGCCGCCGAAGAUGGUAACCUGGAGGUUUGGUCAUACGGCGCAAAGACCAAAGGUAGCGCGUCGCUACUGUUUGGUAAAAACAAGGACACAAAGGCUUGGGAAUUGAGGUCGACAGAUUGGGAUACAAUCUGUAAAGCCAGUAAUGAAGCGGAGACGGAGUCGCGCUGGUAUGAUGAGGUAUUCAGGGAUGGAAAGGGAUUACUAUAGAGGUCGCUCAUGAUCAUUUGGCUAGGAGUUCAUUCAUAGCGUGUGUUUUUUGAACCAUUCAUGACAGAUACCAAAUUCAUUAGACCAUUGUUUGUCGUCAAAUAUGUAUGUUUGCAU